AUGACUGAAGGCAAAGUGUCGAGGCUAGUGCCUCGUAAUCAGAAGGUGCUCUUGGCUUGCAUUAUAGCCACCAGUGUAAUAGAUUCUGUGCUGGUCGGAUUCGACUCUUCACUCAUGGGAUCUUUCAAUGUGAUGCCCUCAUAUAGCAACUACUUCGAGCUUACGACAGCCACGAAAAGUCUGAACACAGCUAUUAGCUAUAUGGGAGGCGCCUUAAUGGCUCUGUUUGCUGGUUCAAUCGUCGACUGGCGAGGACGAAAAGAGUGUGUCUUCUGGUCUGCAGUCAUAACGAUGGUCGGAGGCAUCAUCCAAGGCGCUGCCCAGAAUAUCGGCAUGUUUAUCGCAGGCCGUUUCAUCGUUGGAUUCGGAUUGGGUCUCGCACAAGUAUCGACACCGACAUUGGUUGCAGAGACAGCACCUGUGCAAUGGAGAGGCUUCGCUUUGGGUUUGUACUAUGCGUUCUGGGGUGUAGGCACGCUGAUCGCUAGUGGAGUCUGCUAUGCUGGUCCCUCUAUCUGCUGCAUGAUCAUCCUGCUAUUCAUCCCUGAGUCACCGCGUUGGCUGAUCAGUCGUGGACGACAUGAAGAAGCUCUGGAGGUUCUUGCCAUCGCCAAUACAGGCGGUGAUGUCGCCUCCCCUAUCGUACAAGUCCAGUUCAAGGAAAUCGAAGACACCCUCCGAUGGGAGAGGGAGCGCGAGCUGUCUAUGCUGAAGGCAUUGACUCAACCUACCAGCAGGAAACGCCUCUUGAUCACCUCAACUUUCUCCAUCAUGGUCAUGCUCCCGGGUACAAACAUUGUUACCUUCUACUUUGGUGACAUGCUGUCCAGCGCUGGUAUUAGCGACCCGACGACGCAGUUGCAAAUCAACGUCAUCCUCACAUCGUGGACGCUGGUAGUUGCCGUCACUGCAUCGUUCUUCGCGGACACACUGGGCCGCAGGACCUUGUGCGCGGCCUCACUCACAGCCGGGAUUGUCACGCUGUAUGCCCUGGCCGGACUAACGGCCAAGUAUGGUACUUCGGGCUAUGCACCCGGCGUAUAUGGGACCAUCGCUAUGAUCUUCCUCUACAAUGCAUCAUAUGCAUGGGGUGUUACACCGUUGACGGUUUUGUACCCACCUGAGGUACUUUCUUACGAUAUUCGUGCCGUUGGCAUGGGCAUCUAUACCUUUACUACCAAGCUUUGCGGCUUGUUCGUGACUCUAGUAGUCCCAUUCGGGCUCGCCGCAAUUGGCUGGAAAGUUUACAUCAUCAAUGCCUCGGUCGAUAUCCUGAUGGUUUUGUUUGUGCUUGUAUUUUGGGUAGAGACCAGGGGACUUACUUUAGAAGAGGUAGACAAGAUGUUCGACGGUGAGAAGCAUUCGGAUGUCCCGGACCUGGAAGCCAUCAAGGAAGGGAAGAUGAUGGAUAUUGAAGGAGUUGAUGCUGCGUCGGUAACUCAGCAGCAGGUUGACAUGAUUGAGAAGCGGGUUUAA